CUCAUCCACAGCCUGCUCUGAAAGUCUCCUCCAUCCUCCGCAUCUGGUCAAAUCCCUGCCGAGAUGUCCUGCCAGCAGAACCAGAAGCAGUGCCAGCCUCCUCCCAAGUGCCCCUCUCCCAAGUGCCCCCAGAAGAGCCCAGCACAGUGUCUGCCUGCAGCCUCCUCCUGCUGUGCUGCAAGCUCUGGGGGCUGCAGUGUCCCCAGCUCUGAGGGAAGCUGCUGCCUGAGCCACCACAGGCGCAGGUCCCACAGAUGCAGGCGCAGGAGCUCCAGUUCCUGUGACCGAGGCAGUGGUCAGCAGUCUGGGGGCUCAGGCUGUGGCCACAGCUCUGGGGGCUGCUGCUGACUUGGAGCCUGAGGCUGAGAUAUGAGAGUCCAGAGGAAACAAAGAGUAUUGAGCAGUAGCUUCAUCUUGGCUCGGUUUUUCUCAGAUAUCCUAAUCUUUCUUAGUCUAAGUGUUUUCUUAAUCCAUUUUCCAAAGCUUGUUUCUCUUUGCAUUUUGGUAAUUACACGACCUGUGUCUGGCAAUGUGU